AUGCGCGGUUGCGGGGUGACGCGGAGGGAGAGGGACGAAAGACGCACGUGGUCCGCGCGGUCGAAUAAUCCACGUCCCGUUGAUGAUUCGGCUGAUAACAAGACCGAGGAAAAUCACAUGCAGGCUACUACGGCUGAUUGCGAGUCGCAGUCAGCACAUCCUAUAAAAAAGAAAAGGAAAAUGGAAUCUAAAACCAAUACAGAUGACGACAAUAAAAUGGAAAUGCCGCUA